AUGCGGAGCGGAGAAACCCGUCUCCGUUGGGUGCGGGGGUGGAUCUUAAAAAGUCACCCCCAACGGGUGCGGGUACGGGUGCAGGGUUGGGAUGUAACAAUGGAAUACUCUAGGCAAGUUCAAGUAUUUGGGAUCCUUGUAUUUGAACUAUUAUCAGAAGCACUUGGACUAAAGAGUGAUUAUCUUGAAAGCAUGGAUUGUGCAAAAGGGCAACAAAUUCUUAGUCACUAUUAUCGACCAUGUCCUCAGCCUCAACUAACUAUGGGAAUAAAAUUUGAAAAGAUAUUGCAGCUAAUAUCCAACGAUAUAUUCAAAAGCGUGCAACAUCGUGUGCUAGCAAACCGUCAUAAAAGCUCUAGAGUAUCAGUGGAAUGUUUUUUCACACUUGGUCUCCAUCCAACAACAAAAGUGUAUGGCCCCGUCAAGGAACUACUAUCAAAAGAUAACUCUCCCGUUUAUAGAGAAACAUCACUAAAAGAAUUUGUUACUUACUAUCAUAACAAGGGAUUUGAUGAGAAUUCUGCUCUUUCACAUUUCAAAUUACAACAUGUUGCCGAAAUAUCAACUUAG